UGCCUUCAUUUAUAAAUAAUAUGUAUGUUCUUUAUUCAUUCAAAAGAACCAUAAACAAACAUCUUCCUUUCUCCUCCCUUAUCAUAGCCAAAGUUACAGCAUGGCCUUAGCCCAUUUUCUUCUAAUUCUCGUCCUUUUGCCUCACCUUGAAGCUCUCUCCCAUGGACCCUCCUCAAAAGAACCAGACCAAACCGUGCAAACCCUGAUGAUACAAGCUUGCACCAACGUUGACAAUCAUUCUUCAUGCCUCACAAAUUUGCAGGCCGAGCUGGAAACAACAGUAGGCUCUGAAAAUCCUACUAAUUCGAUCCUGAGUGCUGCCCUUAGGAAUACACUCAAUGAAGCGAGGUUAGCCAUCCAAAAGAUGACUAGGUUCACUGCUUUGUCUUUCAGUUACCGUGAACAAAUAGCAAUCGAGGAUUGCAAAGAACUUCUCGAUUUUUCGGUCUCCGAGUUGGCAUGGUCUUUAUCUGAGAUGAAGAACAUUCGAGCGGGUUUAAAGAGCGAUCAUUAUGAAGGAAAUCUAAAAGCUUGGUUGAGUGCUGCACUGAGCAACCAGGACACCUGCAUCGAAGGCUUUGAGGGCACAGACAGACACGUCGAACGUUUCAUAAGCGGAAGCUUGAAACAAGUGACGCAGCUUAUUAGCAAUGUUUUGGCUUUGUACACUCAACUACAUAGCUUACCAUUCAAACCACCUAGAACUAACACGACCAAGAAAAGUUCGGGUUUUCCGAAUUGGAUGACAGAAGGAGAUCAAGAACUUCUUAAGUCUCACCCACAUGCCAUGCAUUUUGAUGCCGUUGUCUCAUUGGACGGAACUGGUCAUUAUCGUACAAUUGGAGAAGCCAUUAACGCAGCUCCAAGCUAUAGCAAUAGGAGGUUUUUAAUAUACGUGAAGAAGGGAGUUUAUAGGGAGAACAUAGAUAUGAAGAAGAAGAAAACCAAUAUUAUGUUUGUCGGGGAUGGGAUUGGACAGACAAUUGUGACAGGCAAUCGGCAUUUCAUGCAAGGAUGGACAACAUUUCGAACUGCCACUGUUGCCGCCUCCGGGAAGGGAUUUAUUGCCAGGGACAUGACAUUCCAAAACACGGCUGGACCGGAAAACCAUCAAGCUGUCGCACUCCGUGUCGACUCCGACCAAUCUGCCUUCUACCGCUGCAGCAUGGAAGGGUACCAAGACACCCUCUAUGUUCACUCUCUCCGCCAAUUCUACCGUGAAUGCAGCAUCUAUGGGACAAUAGACUUCAUUUUUGGCAAUGGGGCAGCCGUCCUCCAAAAUUGUAAAAUAUUCACUAGAGUACCUCUACCACUACAAAAGGUCACAAUUACGGCCCAAGGCAGGAAAAACCCACAUCAGAGCACUGGGUUUUCAUUCCAAGAUAGCUCUAUUUUUGCUACCCAACCAACUUAUCUAGGGCGGCCAUGGAAGCAAUAUUCUAGGACUGUUUUCAUGAACACUUAUAUGAGUGGUCUAGUCCAGCCAAGAGGGUGGCUCGAGUGGUAUGGGAACUUUGCCCUGGACACUCUGUGGUACGGCGAGUACAAGAACUAUGGGCCUGGGGCAUCGCUUUCCGGGCGGAUCAAAUGGCCGGGUUAUCACGUUAUUCGGAAUGCUGCCACGGCUAGUUUCUUUACUGCCGGGAGGUUUAUCGACGGGCGAGCAUGGCUGCCGGCUACAGGCGUCAGGUUCACAGCGGGUUUGAGCAAUUAAGUCAUUGUAAAUGUUGUAAUUAGUCCAUUUAUCAUAUCAUGUGCUAAUUUUCAAGGUUUUCUAUUGGAAAAGAAUAAGAAAAGAAUUAAGUUACUAAUUAGUUUAAUGCACAUGCAGAUUAUGUCUACGGCCAUUUGCUCAAAUCACAACACAUUAACAACA